UUUGUUUACUAUUAUUUUUUGCCGUCGUGAAUAUCGCCACUUGUCCGACGACGUUCAAUGUCGUCCCCAUCUCCAAACGUUAACUCUGCAUCUUCAUCUCCCAACGUUGAUUCCUCAUCACAAUCCCAACAAGACUCGACCCAAAGCACACUCCAGCAACUCUUCGGCGGCUUGUGCAAGCAGAAGCUCUUAGAAGAAGUUGAUAAGCUCAAGGAAGCUGUCCAGAAAGACGACCCGCAGAAAGUCAUCAUGUCUUUACCCAUGCUUCUAGCUUUGACUGUCUGCCCAGCUAUGCUGGGUACGCAAGAAGCUAUCAGACAGUCUCAGGCAAAGACAAAGCGCGAAGAACACCGUGGCCGACGCUGCAAUUUGGUUGUCUCUUGUGUCAAGCCGAGUAUCAGAUCUCGAGAUAUCAACAACAAACUUGUUGUCUUGAAAGAUUCAAAGCUUUAUAUCGCCAAUGAACACCCACUAUACAACCAUGAUUCUAAAAACAAUGUCAGCAAAGGCUACGCCUUUUCAGGAUACUUCCUCCCCUUCCCAGACACAGAGUACGAGGGUCUCGUCACUACUAUCAGUGAUGACCCUCCUUUCUUGAACUGGAUCUACAUUGACAAGAAGACAUAUGAAGUCAAGUACGGUGUUCGUGCCGAUACAGAGGGUCACAUCACUGGUCCAUUUGACUGCACCAAGCAAGACCGUCGCAUGACCUGUGAGGGCUGGGAGGGCUUCUGCGCUGUCGAAGAACUCCCCGGCAUCUGGGCUCUGUACUACGACCGCGACGAUGAUGGCCUCAAGUCAAAGGUCGCCAUGGGUACUCGCGUGCUAGAAGUAGAGCUCACCAGGCGAGAGAAGAAGGAGCCCAAGCCUGCAGGAGAACCUGAACAGCCCAUGACCAUGGAUGAGAAGAUGAAGCAGCACAAAGAGCAAACCGCCAAAGACGAGGCCGACCGUGCUGCAUUUGUCGCAACUGGCCGUCAUCCAGGUGCUGAGCCACCUUCCCCAGCUUAUAAGCCUGAGCAGAAGAAGAACGGGCUCCUGGAUCCAGACUCCAAGGAAGCUAAGCGCCAGCGCAUCGCCGAUGCCCUGAGCCGCCUAAAUAUUGAUAGCCCAACCAGGAGUGAAGGAGGUUCAGAUGGAAGUAUUUUGACGAGUCUGAGCCAGGACUUCUCUAUCUUCUCAAUGGCCAAGAAGUUGACUGGGGACGAGGGUGGUACAGUUGCUAGUUCAGUUUGGGAGCCAGAGAAAGAGAAGGAUAAGAAUCACAAGAAAAACGAUUCUACGAGUGAGGCGGGAUCGUAUAGGAAGCCUACUGUUGAAGAUGCUACAUCAUGAUAGAACAUUUUGUUCGGUAGGGUAUUGCUUUCACAUUCGUUUGGUCACUGGCGUUUGGGAUCAAUGAUAUUACGGAGAAAGAAACUAUCAUGUACACUGGAUCUACUCGAGGAUUUACGGUUAUUCUUAUGGCCAACAUUAGGGCAUGUACUGUAAUGAUAG